GUGCGGCUUUAAGGCUGCCCGCAUCGCCCCGGCCCCGCAACCCGCCCGAAGCGAGCGCAUCCCCGAACCGAGCGCAUCCCCGGGGCGGUGCGGAGCCGAUCCGACCCAGAGCAUCCCCAGAGCGUCCCCGGACCCAGAGCAUCCCCAGAGCGCUGCAGCGCAUCCCCGAGCCGCCGCAUCCCGGGGUCCCACCGGAGCCGCCCCGCAGCCACCGCCCCGGCGGAGCCGUGCCCCCCCGGGUCCCUCCGCGGCCCCCCGCGCCCCGCCCCGCCGCCGCCGCCCGUUCCGCACAAUGGGGGCGGCGCGGCGCGGCGCGUAGCGGCCGGCGGGGAGGGAGAGGCGGCGGUAAGGGGGGCGCCGGGGGGGCCGACAUGGUGCAGCGAGCCAUGCGGGGAAGGGGCUCGGAGGGGCGGCGGGAGCCCUGCGCCCCUCUGCCCGCCCACGACGCGGAGCCCGCCUGGUGCAAAACGCCCAGCGGGCACAUCAAGCGGCCCAUGAACGCCUUCAUGGUGUGGUCGCAGCACGAGCGCCGCAAGAUCAUGGACCAGUGGCCCGACAUGCACAACGCCGAGAUCUCCAAGCGCCUGGGUCGGCGCUGGCAGCUCCUGCACGACUCCGAGAAGAUCCCCUUUGUGAAGGAGGCCGAGCGCCUGCGCCUCAAGCACAUGGCCGACUACCCCGACUACAAAUACCGCCCUCGGAAAAAGGGCAAAGCGGGCACCGCCACCGCCCGCCCGCGUCUCCCGGUGAAGAUCAAACCCUCGGUGCUGGGCCGCGUCCCCGCCGCCCGCAGGCAGCCCUCCAAGCCGCCCCCCGAGCCGUGCACCGCGCAGCGCCCGCCGGAGCCGCCCGCCGAGGACCGCCCCGGCACGGCCACGUGGAACGCGGUGCCCACCGGCGAGCGCGGCCCCGCGGCCGCCGCCGGCCCCGAGCCGUGCCCGGAGAGCGCGUCCCCGUCUCCCGCACCCGCCGGUUCGCCUCCGUCCUCCUUGGGCUCCUCGGACGAGGAGUUGGAGGAGGAGCUGCUGGGCGCGCUGCCCGCGCGGGCGCCGGGUGGCACAGCGUGCGGGGCUGUGGACUGCUCCGUCCUGGAUAAGGACCUCGAUCUCUUCCCGCGGGGCGCGUCGUCGCACUUCGAGUUCCCGGACUAUUGCACGCCCGAGGUGACGGAGAUGAUCGCGGGGGACUGGCUCAUGUCCAGCAUCUCGGACUUGGUCUUUACCUACUGAGUGCCGCGCUCUGCAGGUAACUUCUCUUCUUUUCCCACAGUCAGGUCGUCUCAAAAAGAAAAGAAAAAAAAAAAAAACCGAAACCAGCUGUUUACAUGCAGGAAUCAGGUAUUUAGCCUUGAAGCCGCUGGAAGGCAGAGCUCCCCGCUCCCCCCAUCCCCCCGGCACACACCCACUCCUCCUCCAUCCAUCCAUCCAUCCAUGGCGGUGCGGGGCUCAGCCCUCCUCGCUGCACGGCGCGCUCCGCUCGCUGCCGUUCCUCGCCCGUGAAAGGCGGCCGCCCGGCGGGGUCCCAUUGUCAGCACCCCCCGCCCGACCCCUUCCCCCUGCAGCUCUGUCCCUGCCCCACAGCUCUCCCACUCGCCCAUCCCUCGAAGGACAGCCGAUCCUUUUAUUAGCGUUCUUAUUUCUUUGCUUUUCGGGUUGCGCACAAAGCCCGUCUUCGAUCCUCUCCCGCUCCUCGUAGCAGCCCUUUAGGAGCGCCGCCUUCGGCCGCACCGCGCCCGAGGCUCUCCGGGGUGGCACGGCCCAUCUCCAUCCCUCCCUACCUGCUGCCCCGUGCUGCGGGCUCCCCGCCUUUGGGCUCGGGGGUCCCUCAGGACCGGCUCUCCUUGCGUUUUCGCUGCGGCGCGCUCUCCCCGCCGCUCGGUUUGGGGCAGAGCGAAGUUGCACGCACGUGAUCCGCACGUGGCGCGGGGAGGCUGCGUUAUUCCUCUCUCCAGACAUUCGUGCGCGGCCGCCCUCACCGUGAGCCCACCCCAUGGGGCAGCCUGCCCGGCAUCAACGCCCCGGCGUGGGGUGCCCGUGCCUGUCUGGGACCCCACUCCGGGCUCAUCCCGCAUGGCUGGCGGAGCCCGCGUGCUGCGGGGAAUCUGCCUUAAGCUCUCGCACGGGGCCGCCACCACCACCAGCAGCAGCAGUUUGAUGCUGGUGGAGAUGUGGGGUGCGGGUGGUGCUCCGCUGCAGCGAUCCUCUGCGGUGCACCCGGCGUUGGCUCCGAGAGCCUGGGCUUCACCGCAGAGCAGCGCUGCGGAGCUCCCCAGCAGGGCAGUUCCUGCUGCGGCGCUCCUCCGGCCGCGUUUGUCUUUGCUUUCCCCAAUGGCUCCUUCCUGCAGCAAUCCGCCUCCUCCCGCUGUCUGUGAGCACGUGGCCGUGGUGCCGGCAGGGCGGGGGACGCGGGGCUCCAUCCCACGUCUGCGUGGCACAAAAGCGGCCUCUGAAGUCCUCGGUUCCAAAGUGGGAAUCUGGGCACGAAGGAUCCCCCCCCGACCCUCCCCGUGCCAAUCGUGCUCCCUCCCCACUUUGGGGACGCCGCUUCCUCCGGUUGCGCGCAGCCCCACGCGCACACGUUGCAAUGGGGCUGGACGGAGCCACGAGCGGGGGGUGCUCAGCCCCUUUGUCCCCCUCUACGGGGAGCAACGUGGGGCUGCUGGCAUCGCCGGAGGUGCCGCAGGGAGCGCCGUGUCCCCACUUAAGGGCACCGGGUGCCCUCCCGCCCCAUUGGCCGCGGGGCUGCGGAGCCGCGAGCUCAGCGUUAUCGAUGUGUAGGUGUGUAGAGGUAGCUGUGGUUGGUGUGCGUGUGUCUGGUGUUGCGUUCCCGACGGUGUUUAGUAGCCCCGGUGCGGGUGCGAUCCUGCGAGGCAGGCGGGCACCGCCCACGUGUCCCCAUGUAGAGAGCAUCCCCCUCCCCCCCCCCCCAAAGACCCCCUCCCUUCCACUCCGACCCAGCAGAAAAGCCAAAUGCCGAGGGGCUCCACGCACAAACCGGGUUUGGGGUUCAUUGAAGGGCUUCCCCGGCGCACAGCUCCCACCCAACACCUCGCUGCCUUCUGGGGGCAUCGGAGCCCCCUACCGCCGCCACGUCCCACGCGGGGAGCCGAACCCCAAUUGCCGGCAGGGCCCGAGGCCGCGGUGCGGGGCGGCAUCCCCGGCGUUUCCUCAGGACAGGCUCUGGCUCAGCCCCCUCCCCCCCUCCCCUCGAGCCCGGCCUCAAGCACAACACCGUGCGCGUGGUCCCCGUCCCCCUCCGCCCGUCGUGGCCCUCCCGGUGGAUGUUCUGUGCCGUGUGGUUGUAGUGCGUAGAGCCCCCGCGUCCGUCCCGCCGAGCCCCCAUCCCCCCCCCGAGUGUGCGAGCGAGUGUGCGUGCGCCAUCCUCAUCACUAGAGACAAAGCGGAUAAUAAUGAAUAAUAAGUGAAUAAUAAUAAUAAUAAUAAUAAUAAAAAUAAACCAAACCUCUCUCAGGAAGAAGCCGCCCUGGCGGCAUCCCAGCGGGCCGGAGCUGCCGCGAGCACUCGGGGUUCCUUUGGUUGUGUUGGGGAGGGGUCCUGCAGCUGUUGUCCUGGGCUGGUGGAGGGGAUGUCCCACCCAUGGCCACCCUGACGGCACGGCCAGGGCCGGUGGUGUUGAAGCUCGGCUAGUGGUUAUCCCAGUGUUGUGACUAUGGAAUAAAGUGUGUUGGUCUGCUC